UGUGCCUGCGAUGACACACAAAAGAUUUUCUUUGUUAAGAGUUUCAUGGAAUAAAUAAAAAUGCACAACACACCUGAUAAAAAUGCAUUGAAUACCAGUGCCUUUUCACCAGUCCGAUUCACUGACAGUCCGUCGCAUUUGAAAUCGCUGAAAAAUGAUAACAUUGGCAUUAGAACACGAUUGAAAGCCACCGCAAAGACAUUGGUAGAGAAUCAUCGUAAAUGGGAUGCAGCACAUCGUCGUGGUAUCACAUUGUGUAAAUCGAUUGAAAAGUGUAAAUCGCAUGCAAUCAAAACAUUCAAUGACAGUACUGAUACAAAUGUUGCCGAUAAAACGCUGUAUCCGACGGAAUUAAAGGCAAUUUGUGAUAAAUUGCAAGUGAUUACAACGAUAUUCGAAGAUGUUCGAAACAGUGCAAAUGAAUCAAGGCGUCAAAUCGUCUCGUUUAUAAAACUUGGCUUGACAAAUGUAUUUGCCGACAGUUCGUUGGUGUAUCGAACAUGGGAUUGUACAAUGCUUCAAUCAGCCACCGACCGAAUUUGUGAUGCAUACGAAAACGAAUACGAAAUGAAAGUUAAAGUGAUGGAAAAUAUUGCGCAUUCACGAAACGACGAUGAAUUAGCAAUGCAUUUGGCCGUAUGGGAAUAUCAAACGCAUGUUGAUUCAGAUAUAGAAAUGCUCAUUAAAUCAUUGAUUAUCGAAGCUGAUAUUGAACUUGACGACAAAACCUCUUGAUUCGGAUUCUUGUGUGCUUGCUGGCUGGUCGUUAAUCAAUUUCACACCAAUUGACGUCCUCUAUAUGGUUCUAAUACAAUCGCGUACCGAUUACGACUAGUUGGGCUG